AUGGCUGACAAGAAAAUAAAGGAAAAGAUCAAGAAGAGAUAUCGCAUCGUAGCAUCUCUUCUGCGGCAAGCUGAUUUUUUGGAAGCGUAUGAUGAACUGCAGACAGGUCAAAUUCAAGCUCGUCUAGAAAAGCUUGAGAAAAAGUGGGAUGAGUUUGAGGAUGUCCAGGAGGAAAUAGCUGCCCUGGAUGAGAAGGGAGAAUAUAAAGAGGAAUGUUUGAAUAUUGAUAAGGAGUUCGAAGCUCAAUAUUUCGAAAUACGAGCAGAGUUUUUGGAAAAGUUACAAGCUACUACUACUCCAGCAGGAGGAUUUGAUACGAGUGUUGUGCGUAAUUAUACUGCAUUGGGGAAUCACACUGGCGUCAGGCUUCCGCAAAUAUCGCUACCUGAAUUCAACGGCGACUAUCGCAAUUGGCUUUCAUUCAAAUCUACUUUUGUGUCACUGAUUCACGAAUCGAACAAUAUCAAUGAUGGGAAAAAUUAUAUAAUUGCUUGGGAAACGAUUACCAAACGGUACUCGAAUGAAUAUCUGCUUCGAAAAAGGCACUUGCAGGCCCUGAUGGAAUAUCCGAAAUUGGAGCACGAAUCGGCUGCGGCAAUCCAUGGUUUAGUUGAUGAGUUCGAGCAACGACUAAAGAUACUCAAACAACUAGGGGAGCACACAGAACACUGGGGUGCUAUGAUCGUCCACUGGAUGUGCUCCAAGUUGGACAAGCUCACAUUGCAGUUGUGGGAAGACCACGUAGUAUCAAUCAAGGAACCGUCGUUCACAAUAUUGAUGGAAUUUUUGGAGCGGAGGACACGUGUGUUGGAAGCAGUACUAUCAAACACAGUAGAAGCUAUGGGUCAAAAAGAUGCACAAGGAACAAGCUCUCUUUCAGUAACUGAUGGCAACGGAGCCUCGACACGCGAGGACAUCGAGGAACCUAGCGUCGGUUCAUACAAUGUGGGGAUCAGUUCCAAUAAGUCGAACGUAUUCCUAUCAACACUUAUAUUAACAAUCCGAGACUGUAAUGGCAGAAAGCAUUUAGCACAAGCGCUUCUGGACAAUGGUUCGCAGAUCAAUAUCAUCAGCGAACACUUAUGUCAAAUACUACGUUUGAGGCGGAGAGCAGUGAGUGUUCCAAUUUGCGGAAUUGGACGAACGGAAUGUACAGCGAGGCAAACAGUGUCCGCUACUAUCGGAUCAAGAACGACAGGUUUCUCGGAGGAAUUAGAUUUUUUGGUGAUGCAACGGAUUACUACAGAGUUGCCUUCAGUAACAGUACCAGUUCAACAUUGGAGAAUUCCACAAAAUAUGCAGUUGGCAGAUCCAGAGUUCAAUAUACGCAACAGCAUUGAUUUGCUUCUCGGAGCAGAACGCUUCUACGAUUUUUUCCUGGAGAAAACAAUGAAGAAGAUGAGUUUGGGCCCAAAUCUUCCGGUGUUGGUGGACACUGUCUUUGGCUGGAUAGUGUCGGGACGUGCGUUGUACUCUACUGAACAAGUAGUUGGCUGUUGUUUGGCUGCGGCUUCGGAAAAUUUAGACCAUUUGUUGGAACGAUUUUGGAGAGUUGAAAGCAUCGACGAUACGCCUGCUUGGUCCAAAGAUGAGAAGGACUGCGAGGAACAUUUUGUCCGAACACAUAGUCGUGACAUAGACGGACGGUAUGUGGUGCAGCUACCCAAACGAAUUAACUACGAAAAAAUGCUUGGUAAUUCACGAUCGAUCGCAUUAAAGCGAUUCAUAAAUUUAGAGAAGCGACUAAAGCAGGACGCUGAUAUGCGGUGUCAGUAUAACGCAUUUAUGGCGGAGUACCUUCAACUGGGACAUAUGCGAGAGGUUGAUCCUGACAAACUAAAAUUGGAAACGGAAAAUGGAUUUGUCGUUUGUUAUUUGCCGCACCAUGCAGUAUUGAAGCAAUCGAGCACGACAACCAAAGUGAGGGUUGUGUUCGAUGGAUCCGCCCAAACGGAUUCAGGAUAUUCGUUGAACCAAUCAUUGUUGAAGGGGCCUACAAUACAAGAUGAGCUCUUGUAUUUGCUACUACGCUUUCGCAAGCACGAAGUUGCACUCAUCGGAGAUCUGGAAAAAAUGUACCGACAAGUGAAGGUUGAUGAUAAUGACGCCAAAUUACAACGCAUUUUUUGGCGGUUCACGUGCGAGGAGCCAAUGAAAGAGUACGAACUACUCACGGUAACGUACGGUUUGACGCCGUCGUCAUUCCUCGCCACAAGAGUACUUCGACAACUUGCGGAGGAUGAAGGAGAUAAAUCGACAGAGGCAAAGAUCGCCUUGACCAACGACUUUUAUGUUGACGAUUACAUAGGCGGGGCACCAAGUGUAGAAGCGGCAGUGGUUUUGCGGGAACAAUUAACUGAGUUGUUGGCUAAAGGAGGAUUUUUAAUUCGAAAGUGGUGCUCGAAUAAACUCGAAGCUCUGGAUGGCGUUCCAGCGCAUCACCUUGGUACGAGAAAUCAGAUAGAUUUUGAUAUUACUUCAAACGAUGAAGUAAAAACCCUCGGAAUAUCAUGGAUACCGACAACUGAUCAACUUCGGUUUUCCUUUAGCAUCUCAGCUAUGCAAACGGAAUGGACUAAGCGGCGCAUUCUUUCGUCGAUUGCCAAGCUUUUUGAUCCGCUUGGGCUAAUAUCGCCUAUAAUUGUAACAGCGAAGAUUUUCAUGCAAGAGCUUGCAUUGUUGCACUGCGGAUGGGAUGAUCCUGUUCCAUCUGAGAUGGCGGAAAGGUGGCUAACUUUCUACGAAAAAUUGGAAGGAUUAUCUGAAUUGCGAAUUGAUCGUUUCGCGUUCAUAUCGGGAUGGGUCAGCGUGCAACUUCAUUGUUUCGCUGACGCAUCGGAGCUGGCUUAUGGCACCUGCAUUUAUGUACGCUCUGUGGAUUGCACUGGUAACGUGAAGGUGGAAUUAUUAUCCUCCAAAUCUCGUGUCGCUCCUCUGAAGCGGCUUACGAUUCCGCGGCUGGAACUUUGCGCUGCGAAGGAGGCAGGAAUGCUGUACGAGAAGGUAUCAAAAUCUCUUUCGUUGGAUAAAAUACCCGCUUAUUUUUGGUCUGAUUCGACGAUUGUGCUGCAUUGGCUGAAAUCACCACCUAAUAGGUGGAAAACGUUCGUGGCCAAUCGGGUUUCAUCGGUCCAGACUUCAACUUAUGGCCACGUCUGGAAGCAUGUAUCCGGUAAAGACAACCCAGCGGAUUUGGUGUCUCGCGGGAUGCCUGUAAAAGAGUUCAUUCAAAGUAAACUGUGGAGGCGAGGGCCAGAAUGGUUACAGGAUCCGAACAAUUGGCCCAAAAACGGACCGGAUGAUUCAUUUACAUAUGAAGACCUGGAACUUCGUGUUAGUCUACCAGCACUGGCUGUGAGCACUCAGCCAGACCUAUUAUUCUACUUACGUUCAUCUCUAAACUCACUUCUACGUAUCGUCUCUUACUGUUUGCGUUUCGGACACAAUACCAGGUUCCAAGCAAAGCACAUCACUGGACCUUUAGCUGUGAAGGAGAUAGGAAAAGCCAAAAGGGUGUUGACGCAUUUAGCACAAUCUGAACACUUCGCAGAGGAAAUCAGACAAUUAAGGAAACAGCAGUUAGUCCUCAAACAAUCAUCAUUGAGAUUACUAAACCCCUACCUAGAUGAGGAAGGAAUUAUCAGAGUUGGUGGUCGUCUUCGAAACUCAUCUAUUGAUUAUGUUACUAAGCACCAGGCAAUACUACCCAGUCAUCAUCCUUUCACUCGUAUGUUAGUAAACCAUUUUCAUCUACAAACUCAGCAUGGUGGUCGCAAUUUAACACUUUCUACGAUGCGGCAGGAAUUCUGGCCGAUACACGGCAAACGAGUGGUCAAUGCAGUUCUACGCAGAUGUUAUCGAUGCUUCCGUGUCAACCCUGCAAAAAUACACCAACCCAUCGGUCAACUUCCCGGAGCACGUGUUCGCCCCAGCAAGCCUUUUUCAGUUACGGGCGUGGAUUACUGUGGCCCUUUCUUUUUGAAACCCCCGCACAGACGCGCCGCAGCCCCCAAGUUUUAUAUAGCAGUAUUCAUCUGUUUCGCCACAAAGGCGAUACAUCUGGAGAUGGUUUCCGAUCUGUCUACGACAGGUUUUCUUUCUGCUCUACAUCGGUUCAUCGGUCGCUAUGGAAUACCUUCUCAGAUCCACUCUGAUAACGCCACAAAUUUCGCUGACGCCAACAACGAAUUAAAGGAAUUGUACAAUUUACUCUCCGAUAAGAAAGCUCGAGAUCAAAUUCAUACGGAUUGUUCACGUCAAGGCAUCGAGUGGCACUUCAUCCCACCCCGUGCUCCCAAUUUUGGAGGGCUGUGGGAGGCAGCCGUUCGCAGUGUUAAAACAUCCCUCAAAAAACAAAUUGGCAUCCAGCAAUUGAAUUAUGAAAGCUUCUCAACGUUACUGGCCCAAAUAACAGCAGCGCUUAAUUCAAGGCCAUUAACUCCCUUGUCUGAUGACCCGUCGGAUAUGGAGGCCCUCACGCCUGCCCAUUUCCUCAUAGGAACUGCCAUGAACACUCUUCCGGAGCCAGAUUACACUCACUCUUCCACAAGUCGCCUAUCCCACUAUCAGCAACGACAGCAAUUGUUCCAGCAAUUUUGGAAUCGCUGGACAACAGAGUACUUGCACAACCUGCAGGUAAUAAAUAAGCAGCACCAAGGACGUAAUAUCAACACUGGAAACAUUGUCGUGCUCAUCGAGGACAACCAACCACCACUGCAGUGGCCCCUCGCAAGGAUAAUUGAGCUCCACCCCGGCUCGGAUGGAGUUGUGCGGGUGGUUACUGUGAAAACAAGGAAUGGAACGUACAGGAGACCGGUCAACAAAAUUUGUCCCUUACCAGGCGAGGAUGUGGACCAGAAAACGAAGCAAACAAUGGAAAAAGAUUUCUAA